AUGUUGGUGGGUCCUUGGCGAGACUUGGGUGGGGGGGUUGUACUCCUCCCCCCCCGUCUCGCCAAGGACCCUCACCGCAACAUCGUCGGGGCCGUCUCGAUCGACGACCGGGCAGCGGCCGUCGGCAUGCCGAUCUUUCUACCCAGGGCGCAUAGCGACUUCGGGCAGGUGCUCAACUAUGGCGGCUGGGCUAUGGCAGAUAAGCUGAGGCAGUUGACUCUCAUUGUGAAGGGGGCAGAGCGCGGUGAGAUCAGGGCCGCGUUCAUCCGCAACGUACGUCAACGCCAGGCGAUAGCGGUAGGAGAAGUCUGCUCGCUGGUGCAGGAGUGCUGCGUCGCUCUCGGCGGAAGCGAGGGCGGCGGCGGGGCAAGCUUGCCAUUGCAACAGGGCGUCGGAGAUGGAUCAUUCGGCAUCGUGGGGGGUGGUGCUAGUCACAGGUCCCUGCCGGGAGAGUUCGCCGUGAAAGCGCUUCAGGAGGUGAGAGGCCUUGAUGCCUGUGUGGGAAGGUUGUAA